GGAAGCCUGGGCCGCACAGGAAGAGCCAGGGACUUCCCACCGCCGCCUGGUCUUCCUGCCCCCCAUCACUGCGCCCACCCGCCAGGUGGCUUGUCCUCAUGGCGCCCCUGAGCGAGGAGACCCCCCUCAUCUCCCAGCGCUCCUGCAGCCUAUCUUCCUCAGAGGCCGGGGCCUUGGACGUGCUGCUCCCAGCUCUGGGCCCUGGGCCUCCUCAGCGCCUCUCCUUCUCCUUUGGGGAGCUAUCUGCAGAGGAGUUGUGUGUGCAGGCUGCCAAGGCCAGCGGCAUCCUGCCCGUGUAUCACCCACUCUUUGCUCUGGCCACUGAGGACCUCUCCUACUGGUUCCCCCCAAGCCACAUCUUCUCCGUGGAGGACGCGGGGACCCAAGUCUUGGUCUACAGGCUGCGCUUCCAUUUCCCCAACUGGUUCGGGCUGGAGAAAUGCCACCGGUUUGGGCUGCGCAAGGACCUGGCUGGCGCCGUCUUCGACUUGCGGGUCCUGGAACACCUCUUCGCCCAGCACCGCGGGGACCUGGUGGCCGGGCGCCUGGCCGUCGGCCUGGGCCUCCGGGACCAGGGGGAGUGCCUCAGCCUGGCGGUGCUGGACCUGGCCCGGCUGUGCCGCGAGCGGGCGCAGCGGCCCCGGGAGCUGCUGAGGACGGUGAGCUACAAGGCCUGCCUGCCGCCCGGCCUGCGCGGCCUCAUCCAGGGCCUCAGCUUCGUCACCCGCAAGCGCAUCCGCAGGACCGUGCGCCGCGCGCUGCGCCGCGUGGCCGCCAGCCAGGCCGACCGGCACUCGCUCCUGGCCAAGUACGUCAUGGACCUGGAGCGGCUGGACCCGGCCCGGCACGCCGAGACCUUCCGCGUGGGGCUCCCGGGGCCCGCGGGGGACCAGGGCGCGCCGGGGCUGCUGCGCGUGGCCGGCGGCAGCGGCAUCGCCUGGAGCGCGGGAGAGGCUGAGGACUUCCAGCCCUUCUGUGACUUUCCCGAGGUGGUGGACAUCAGCGUGAAGCAGGCGCCCGGGGCGGGAGAGCACCGCCUGGUGACCCUCACCAGGACGGACAAGCAGAUGCUGGAGGCCGAGUUCCCGGGGCUGCCCGAGGCGCUGUCCUUCGUGGCCCUGGUGGACGGCUACUUCCGCCUCACCUGCGACCCGCACCACUUCUUCUGCAAGGAGGCGGCGCCGCCGCGGCUGCUGGAGGAGGCGGCGUGGGGCUGCUGCGGGCCCAUCACGCUGGACUUCGCCAUCCACAAACUCAAGGCCGCGGGGGCCCUGCCCGGCUCCUUCGUCCUCCGCCGCAGCCCCCAGGACUUCCACAGCGUGCUGCUCACGGUCUGCGUGCAGACUCCGCUGGGCCCCGCGUUCAAGGGCUGCCUGAUCCGGCGGGACCGCUCCGGCGCCUUCUCCCUUGUCGGCCUGGGGCGGCCUCACAAGAACCUUCCAGACUUGGUGGCAGCGUGCAGGGACGGGGGGCUGCGGAUAGACGGGGUCGCGCUGCGCCUCACCGCGUGCUGCACUCCUAGACCCAAAGAGAAGUCCAACCUGGUGGUGGUGCGGGGCGGGUACGGCCUGGCCCCGCCGGCCUGCGCCGCACCCCGCGGCCCCCGCAAGCCGGGCCCCAUGACCUUCCACACCAUCCCGGCCCACAGCCUGCAGCGGCACGAGAACCUGGGCCACGGGUCCUUCACCAAGAUCUACCGGGGCCUCCGCCACGAGGCCGUGGACGGGGAGGCCCGCGAGACCGAGGUGCUGCUGAAGGUGAUGGACGCCACGCACAAGCACUGCAUGGAGUCCUUCCUGGAAGCUGCCAGCCUGAUGAGCCAGGUCUCCUACCCGCAUCUGGUGCUGCUGCACGGCGUGUGCAUGGCUGGCGACAGCACCAUGGUACAGGAAUUUGUCCCCCUGGGAGCCGUGGACACGUACCUGCUCAAGCGUGGCCAGCAGGUGCCGGCCAGCUGGAAGCUGCAGGUCAUCAAACAGCUGGCCUACGCCCUCAGCUACCUGGAGGACAAAGAGCUGCCCCACGGCAACGUGUCCGCGCGGAAGGUGCUGCUGGCUCGGGAAGGGGCGGACGGGAGCCCCCCUUUCAUCAAGCUGAGCGACCCCGGGGUCAGCCCCACAGUGCUCAGCCUGGAAAUGCUCACCGACAGGAUCCCCUGGGUGGCCCCCGAGUGCCUGCAGUGCCCCCGGGAGCCGCAGGCCCUGGGCCUGGAAGCCGACAAGUGGGGCUUCGGCGCCACGGCCUGGGAGGUGUUCAGUGGCGCCCCGAUGCCCGUCAGCGCGCUGGAGCCCGCCGAGAAACUCAGGUUCUACGAGCAGCGGCAGCAGCUGCCGCCGCCCAAGUGGACAGAGCUGGCCUCGCUGAUCCAGGAAUGCAUGGCCUACGAGCCGGGCCGGCGGCCCUCCUUCCGGGCUGUCAUCCGGGACCUAAACAGCCUUACCACGUCAGACUACGAGCUGCUCGCAGACCCCACAGCCGGCGGCCUGGAGCCUCGAGAUGGGCUGUGGAGCAGCGCCCGGCUCUACGCCUGCCAGGACCCCACGAUCUUCGAGGAGAGACACCUCAAAUACAUCUCACAGCUGGGCAAGGGCAACUUCGGCAGCGUGGAGCUGUGCCGCUACGACCCGCUGGGAGACAACACCGGCGCCCUGGUGGCUGUGAAGCAGCUGCAGCACAGCGGCCCGGACCAGCAGAGGGACUUCCAGCGCGAGAUCCAGAUUCUUAAAGCCAUGCACAGCGACUACAUCGUCAAGUACCGCGGCGUCAGCUAUGGCCCAGGCCGCCAGAGCCUGCGUCUGGUCAUGGAGUACCUGCCCAGCGGCUGCCUGCGCGACUUCCUGCGCCGCCACCGCGCCCGCCUCGACGCGGGGCGCCUCCUGCUCUAUGCCUCGCAGAUCUGCAAGGGCAUGGAGUACCUGGGCUCCCGCCGCUGCGUACACCGCGACCUGGCUGCGCGCAACAUCCUGGUGGAGAGCGAGGCGCACGUGAAGAUCGCCGACUUCGGCCUCGCCAAGCUACUGCCGCUCGACAAAGACUACUACGUGGUCCGCGAGCCCGGCCAGAGCCCCAUCUUCUGGUACGCGCCCGAGUCCCUGGCGGACAGCAUCUUCUCACGCCAGUCCGACGUCUGGAGCUUCGGGGUCCUGCUGUACGAGCUGUUCACCUACGGCGACAAGAGCUGCAGCCCCUCGGCUGAGUUCCUGCGCAUGAUGGGGUGCGAGGGCGACGCCCCGGCGCUCUGCCGCCUGCUGGACCUGCUGUCCGAGGGCCGCAGGCUGCCCGCGCCCCCUGCCUGCCCUUCCCAGGUCCACGAGCUCAUGCGGCUGUGCUGGGCGCGCGCCCCGCAGGAGCGGCCAAGCUUCGGCGCCCUGCGCCCGCGGCUGGACGCGCUGUGGAGCGGGGCCCCGGGGUGAGGA